AUGGCUGCAGUAAGUAGACGAUCCAAAGAUGGAAGCAUGCUAGACUCUUUCACCUUUGCAACGCCUGCGGAUCGAGUGGAGCUACCGCGGAUCCGGAAAGACUUUUCCCAGCAAACUUUUGCCAAAUUAAGAAAGGUUGCCUACCUUCCCCAUAGUGAUCGUAUUAUCUGGCUCGGAUACUCUGAGGGACGUUGCGUAACUCUGUGGAAGAGAAGCGAUGAGGUUUCCGAAGUCGUGGAGCCAUUCGACGAACUUUUCAGAUUGGAUCUCGAUGUGGAUCCCUCCGAUAUAUGUUCGCUUUCUUCUGAGGUUACCUGUGCGUCACUCUCUGAUGGGCGUAUAUUAGUUCUCAACAAUAAAGAUGACCAACUAAAAAAGGUCAGCGAGUUUUCUAACGUCCAUGGCAAAGGAAAUUCUCGAGUUCUUUGUGAAUUUGACAACAAUGAUAUUAUUAGUGGAUCGUCCAACGGGUCUCUUGUUAAGGUGGACAUUGAGACCGGGAAUAUCACCGUUAUCUCAAAGGGAAAUUCUGGUGUACGCUCAGUUUGCACUCUUUCUGGCGGUGCACUUCUUGCUUCCGGUCAUUCUGCUGGUCACGUUUUGAUAUGGGACUGCAGAGUAAAGCCAACGAAACCAUGUAUAGUAUGUGUACCAUCAAAACGACGACUUGAUGCAGUCACAACCCUCACGAACCAUCCUGCUCAAGCAAGCUUGUUAUCUUUCGGAACCGAUCUUGGUACCGUUGGAUUUUGCGAUGUGAGAGGCGUUGCACAUGAUUUGGUCACAAAUUCGUUUGACGUCGCCACGACGACAGUUACACAGGUCUCUUUCCAUCCAGAAUGUGGUGACCACCUUGUAUGUGCAUCAGCAGAUGGGAGUUUAGUACACUGGGAUGUUUCUUCCGUCAUUCACGUAAGUCCUUCAAUAUCGUUUUUUCUUUUGCGAUUCGUGGCUUCUGUUGCCGUUCGCUACGAAAUCACUAACAUUUCUUCUGGUACUCGUCAGUCACCGUGGCUGUCCGAAUCGCUGAGUCAGAACGUAGAGUUGGACACGCUACGGUGCCCCUGCUUCGGAGCCGUGAAUGGGUUUGCCAUUAAGGGCACAACUGUCGUAGCUGCGAUCGACAUGUGUAUGUUGUACUCAUAUGAGAACGUCUCUUUCCCAAUAGGGUCUCGCUCACGUACUUAA